CAGCCUUCCCCGCGAGCGGACGCGGCAGCGCCUCUGUCUCGUUUUUUCUUAUUUUUUCCCCCCCUUUCCCCUUCCUUUUUUUUUCCUUUUCCCCCUUUCCCCCCUUUCACCAUUUCCCCUCGGAGGCGCUUCCCCCGGGCAGGGGCAGAGCCGGUCUCACCCCCCGCCUCUCCCCGGUCCCCGCCGCCCUAUGGCGAGAGGGAACCCCCUCCCCACCCGGGCACAAGCGGCGGCGGUUGGAGGAGCGGGACCGGCGGCGGCCUCAGGUCCGGGGGCGUCAUGGAACUAAUUCGCUGACCGACCCACAGGCCGCAGCCGUGCGUCCCGCUCGAGCGCCAGCGCCCGCGCUCUCCGUCCCGGUUCCCCUUCUUCUCCCUCCUCAGUCGGCCCAGUCCUCGUCCCGCGCGCCCCGUCGCCGCGCGCUGAAGAAAAUGAGGUGGUAACGGGCCGCCGGAUGACCCCUCGUCACCACUGUGAGGCCUACAGCUCUGCCGGGGAGGAGGAGGAGGAGGAGGAAGAGGAGGAGAAGGUAGCUACAUCAAGCUGGGCGGCAGGCAGAUCCAAAGGAUAUCAUGAAGUUUCCAGGGCCAUUGGAAAACCAGAGAUUGUCUUUCCUGUUGGAAAAGGCAAUCUCCAGGGAAGCCCAGAUGUGGAAAGUGAAUGUGCCGAAAAUGCCUACAAAUCAGCAGAAUAUGAAAGUCCCAAGUUCCUCUGCAUCUUUGCCAACCCUUGGUAUUGUCUUUUUCAUUUUAGUUAUCACGAAUGUUUCUCCAUCCCAGAGAGAUGAAGUGAUCCAGUGGCUGGCCAAACUCAAGUACCAAUUCAACCUUUACCCAGAAACAUUUGCUCUGGCUAGCAGUCUUUUGGACAGGUUCUUAGCUACUGUAAAGGCCCACCCAAAAUACCUGAGUUGUAUUGCAAUCAGCUGUUUUUUCCUAGCUGCCAAGACUGUUGAGGAAGAUGAGAGAAUACCAGUACUGAAGGUGUUGGCAAGAGAUAGUUUCUGUGGAUGUUCUUCAUCUGAAAUUCUGAGGAUGGAGAGAAUUAUUCUGGAUAAGUUGAAUUGGGAUCUUCACACAGCCACACCAUUGGAUUUUCUUCACAUUUUCCAUGCCAUUGCAGUGUCAACUAGGCCUCAGUUACUUUUUAGUUUGCCCAAACUGAGCCCAUCUCAACAUUUGGCAGUCCUUACCAAGCAAUUACUUCACUGUAUGGCCUGCAGCCAACUUCUGCAAUUCAAAGGAUCCAUGCUUGCCCUGGCCAUGGUUAGUUUGGAAAUGGAGAAACUCAUUCCUGAUUGGCUUCCUCUUACAAUUGAACUGCUUCAGAAAGCACAGAUGGAUAGCUCCCAGUUGAUCCACUGUCGGGAGCUUGUGGCACAUCACCUUUCUACUCUGCAGUCUUCCCUGCCUCUAAAUUCCGUUUAUGUCUACCGUCCCCUCAAGCACACCCUGGUGACCUGUGACAAAGGAGUGUUCAGAUUACAUCCCUCCUCUGCCCCAGGCCCAGAUUUCUCCAAGGACAACAGCAAACCAGAAGUGCCAGUCAGAGGUACAGCAGCCUUCUACCAUCAUCUCCCAGCUGCCAGUGGGUGCAAGCAUACCUCUGCUAAACGCAAAGUAGAGGAAAUGGAAGUGGACGACUUCUAUGAUGGGAUCAAACGGCUCUAUAAUGAAGAUAAUGCUUCAGAAAAUGUGGGUUCUGUGUGUGGCACUGAUUUAUCAAGGCAAGAGGGACAUACCUCCCCUUGUCCACCUUUGCAGCCUGUUUCUGUCAUGUAGCUCCAGGUGUUACCUUCAAGCGCAAACUAAGGUAGACUACUGUGGGAAUGGGAACAUGGAAAACAGGAUAGGCUGUAUAAAGGUGUAUACCUUACCAGGCUGAUUCGAAAUGAGCCAGAAAAAAAAAAACCUGUUGACUUGUAUGGCUAAUUAUAAUUCAACAUUAUUUAAGCACUUAAAGACCAAAACAAGUGUAAAAUUCAAGAUCAAAAAGUUUUUAAGUAAAAAAUUUCUUUGUAGUGUUUGUCAGUUCCACCCUUUUCUCUGCUAAAAUGUAAUGUAGAUUACCCUGUGUCAGAAAUUCACGGUCAGUGUUUUUUCUUUUUUAAAGUUCCAGAAUUCCUAGCUAGCAAACCUUGUCCCAGGAUCCUGAUUUAAUUUUCCUCUUGCUUUUGCUUGCUGCUUCUUUGAAUACUAAAUGAAUUUUAUGCAUGUUGACCUAUAGCCUGACUUCCACUGAUGAGGAAACCCUGAAAAUUUAUUUUUAGCAAUUUAGUGAACAAAUUAUUUCAGUGACAGCCAUGUUUAUAAUCCAUGAUUCAAAUUCAGCUUAAUCUGAAAAAGGUACUUCACAAUUGCCUGUGAAUCAGAGUUGGUAACAGAAAAAGGACUCCCAUUACCAUGUUGAUUUUUGUUUGUCUCCUUUCAAUUUCUAGAGUUUGGAAACAAAAUAUUUUCAUUUUUAUCUUAAAUUGAAGCUUAAAAGUGGCAUGUGAUUAGGAUACUCUUAAGAUUUGUUGGAAGCAUUUUUGACAUUUGUAUAAUAGAAUUUGUGAUAAAGUUAAUAUAUCCAGGUGCUCACCAAAGAAACAUGUAACAACUAAAAUUAGAUUAAAAAAAAACUGUUCAGUUCACUCAUUUAUAAUCAGUAGGAGAGACUGUCUAGAUGUUGGGGCAGCUCUAUGAUUUGGGUCUGUAACAUGUAAUAACUGAAUUCAGUACCCUAGUUUUAUGUUAAGCUAUUAGGAUUUACUUGAUAAAAGUUAAUCCCCCUGCCUCCCCAGCCUACCUGUAUUCUCUUCAUGACUUCUGGGUCCUGAGCUCCCUGUGCAGCCUGAAGAAGGUACUGCAGUCAGAACCAUGUACUGAUUGGUAGCAAUAAAAGUUGUCCUUAACCUUUU